AUGUCGAGAAAUGCUGGUGACAUUAAUUUCUUUAGAGGUUACGCUUCUUUGGAUCUUUUACCUGCCCAAGAAAUAGUCCAAGCUACCACGGAUUUACUAAGUCCCAAAUCGAGAGAUUAUGAUACCGACCCACAGAACCUGCACCCACUUGUCUAUGGGUCAGAUGAGGGAGCGCAUUGGGUUCGCAGCGCAAUCUGCCAUUUCAGUAACGAGGCAUUUCAAUUGGACGCGGCAUCGUCGAGCAAACCGGAAUUCCUGAACUUAACAUCAGGAGCGUCCUAUGGAAUUUUGAAUCUAUUAGCACAGACAACUUUACCGCAUACCGGUUUCACCCGGCAAGCCUUUAUAGUAUCUCCAACCUAUUUUCUGAUUAACGAAGCAUUUAUAGAUGCAGGUUUCGGAGGUAAGAUCUGUGCUGUGACGGAAACGGAUCAGGAUGCGGUGGAUGUGGCUUUCUUACAAGAACAGCUUGAGUUGUUCGACCAGAAACAUGCGACUGAGGACCAUACCGCAGAUCCCGCGUUGGUCAAUGCCCCAGACGCUACCAUUCCAAAAAAAUUGUUUCGAUACGUUCUGUAUUUGAUUCCGACGUACUCAAAUCCUAGCGGAAAGACUUAUUCCAUUGAAUGCCGUCAAAGACUCAUCGAGCUGGCAAGGAAACACGAUAUGCUCAUUAUAAGCGAUGACGUCUACGAUUUGCUAGUGUACGACCAGCCGUUAGAUAAAGCUCCAAAACCUGUGCCAAGAAUGACCUUUCUGGACAGAGCUUCUUUAUCCAAAGGUUACAAUGGUUACGGGAACACCAUCUCCAAUUGCACCUUCUCAAAAAUACUCGCUCCGGGCCUUCGAUUCGGGUACCAAGAAAGCGUGAACAAGCGACUUGUUGCGCAAUUGUCCCGCGGCGGAGCAAAUGCCUCCGGCGGCACUCCAUCACAACUCAAUUCCAUGAUUGUCGGCACUAUGCUCAACAAUGGAGUCUGUCUAACGGUCUUGGAAAAGCUGCGCACCGUUUACAAGCGUCGUGCCGAUAUACUUUAUGAAUCCAUCAAACAAUGGCUUCCAGCCAAAACCAUCUAUGAACGUCAAACUGGUGGGUAUUUUUCAUGGUGCACUUUACCUGACGGAUACGACGCCAGAGAGAUAUCUGCCAUUCUUCUAAAUCAGCAAGGCAUCGUAGUACCAGACGGCUCGUGGUUCGAGGUUGUCGGAGACUCAAAGAAUUGGGGCGCCAGAUGUUUCCGUAUUUCCAUCAGUUUUGUUCACGACGCUACGAUAAAAGAAGGUAUACAAAAAUGGGGAAAUGUAUGCCGAGAAUAUGCCACAGAGCAUUCCUUAGAGUUUUAG